GUUUGUUUCUUUUUCUUCUUUCUUUCUUUUUUUGUUUUCCUCUUCAUUCUUUCCUCCUCCUUUCUUUCCUCUUUUUCUUCUUCUUUCCUUCGUCUAUUUUUUCUCUUCUCCCUUCCUUUUUUUCUUUCUUUCCUUUUUCUUAGUCUUUCCUUCCUUUUCCAUUCUCCUUUUCUUCUUCUUUCCCUUCUUUCUUUCCUCUGUCUUCUUCAUUUCCACAUGGAUGGGUUUUGGAGCCCCACCCCUGGUUGGUACCGUUUUCUCAUAGGAACAAGAUGGCACGCCAAGGUGUCCUCCAUCCAGCCAGGAUUUGAAACAAUGGUACUAUUGUUCUCCUGGAAAUUUGCUAAAAUGGGUCAUGCAGAGGUUGGGAUGCCCUUGCAAUCAAAAUCACCAGAACCUCCAGCUAUUAGCCAAAAUUUGGCUGCAGCAGGUCCAACACCUGAUUCAAAGCCAAAGAAGAAGAUCUGUUGCGCCUGCCCCGACACAAAGAGGCUGAGAGAUGAAUGCAUUGUGCAGCAUGGCGAGGCUGCAUGUGAGAAAUGGAUUCAAGCCCAUAAACAAUGCCUUCGGGCCGAGGGGUUUAAGGUCUGAUCCUUCAUAGGACAUAUGGAGUCAGUGGUCUUUUCACACAUGUGAUUUAGGCACCAGAUACUUUCUAUACUGAGUUAAAAUAACUGAUCUUCCCAUGAAGAUUCAUGAAUAAAAAUGACCAAUUGUACUAGUGCCAUUUUCUCAGAAGAUGUUUGAUUAUUAUUUUGCAUCCUCAUUUAAGUUAUUUGAUUGCUGUUACAAAUCUGUAAACAAACUUUUGACUUAACAGAACUUCAGCUUAGAACUUAUUUUAUAAU